UGUCGAAUCGAUUCGACGGAUCGGCGAUCGCGAUUCGACAGGUCGGCGAUCGGCCGUCGAAUCGAUUCGACGGAUCGGCGAUCGCGAUUCGACAGGUCGGCGAUCGGCCGUCGAAUCGAUUCGACGGAUCGGCGAUCGCGAUUCGACAGGUCGGCGAUCGGCCGUCGAAUCGAUUCGACGGAUCGGCGAUCGCGAUUCGACAGGUCGGCGAUCGGCCGUCGAAUCGAUUCGACGGAUCGGCGAUCGGCCGUCGAAUCGAUUCGACGGAUCGGCGAUCGCGAUUCGACAGGUCGGCGAUCGCCGUCGAAUCGAUUCGACGGAUCGGCGAUCGCGAUUCGGCGGAUCGGUAGACUGAGGUGUUGUUUGUAUGUAUUGUAUAGUAGAUCUAUCUGUGUGUAUUUUAGCUUUUGCCUUGGAUUUUGCCUUUUCGGUAAUGAACACUUGAAUCGUGCGGUGACGGCCUCAAUCAAUGGUAUUGAUGAUGUGGCCAGAAAUUUCAAAUUGGCCGUUGCUCAGUGCAAUAAUUUGAAUGAUACCCGUCUGAAUGCAUCGAAACACGUCGACUCACUAUCAGCGAGCAUUCGGAAAGAGGCCGAUAAGUCGCCGAGUAUUAAUAAAACGUUAUUAAACGAAGCCGAGGCGGUCAUCACAGCGCUCAAUGAAAAGAUCGAUGAAGUUGGUGUAGAUCUAUCGCAAGUGAAGUCGGUGCUCUCCGGUGUGACUUUUUUGGAACAGGUUAAGAUCUACUCGGAACGCAUUGAGUUGGAAAGAUGGAUUUUGUGUGUGACUCUUCUGUCGAUAAUGCUAAUCGUGCUGUUCGCCGGGGUGAUAGCGUUUUGUCGUCAAUCGAAGAAAGGAGCGGUGGUGUUUUCGGGUUUAGGUUUUGCCAUAUUCAUUGUGGGUUGGAUGCUGUUGGCGGUUAUUUUACCAGCAACAGUGUCGUUGUCGGAUUUUUGCAUGGACGGUGAUCAUUUCAUUGGAAGUCAUCUGAGCAACGAAACAAUCGAAACGUUAAAAUUCUAUCGAAAGUGCGACCCGAAACCAACACACGACAACGUUCCAUCAACACUCGCAGUGAAUCAGAUCAGUGAACAACUCUCCAAAAUUCAAGACAUCCAGCAAACCUUAAACACCUAUAUCCAUAAACUGUUCAACGAGAGUGCCGAGCUCACCAACGGUACACGUUUAGUGGACGAUGAUAUCAAGCGUUCGCUGAGAGGAAUCGGAGCAUUGGAAACAACAGUGGCAUGUUAUGCGUAUCACGGCGACGUGAACGUGAUGCAGAAUGGAGUGUGCAACAAUGCAGUGAUUGGGGCAGCGAUAUUAACAUUUUGUUUGUUCUUAUUGGGCGCGUUCAUGUUCGCUCUCUUACUGAUCGUUUCAAAAUCGUGGCAUCUAUUCACCAGACUACCGUCAGAUUACGUUGAAGUAGAUGACGAAGAUCCGUUUUUCCCUCGCGCCAACGACAGCACCAUACCGGUAGAUAUAUAUGGAACGCAUGUAUAUAAUCCACGAACGAGAUUUGCUAAUUCAUUGGAUCGAACCGAACCAUCAACAAACACCACGAGUGUGACUGCACAGGCAGCGUUGAUGCCGAAUGGAACGCCGCAAGCGAACAACUCGAAUUCGUUGGUACCUCUGCUGGACGGCGGCAACGAGCCGACUAGUAGCACUCCAUGGCAUCGCAGUUCGGCCAGCAGUGGCGGCGCUCCAACCCCGUUGCAGGCUCAGCAGCAUCACCUCAGCUCACCACUCUCGGGCAAUGCACCACCUGCGGUACGAACGAACAGUAUGAUGCGUUCAAGUUACCCGACGAAUUGCGAUGAGAGCAGUAAUGCGUAUCGUUAUCGUAACUAUCAUGAGCAGUUCGAUGUGUGA